UAAAUUGCUCCUAAAAAUUGGCUAGUACUACUACUACCAGAAAACCAAAAAGUGCUCAACAGAGAAAGCACAACAAUGGCACUUGCUAAUGAAAAAUCUGUAUCUGAUGGCAAAAUUUGGGGUCUUUGUAAACUACCAUUUUGGCAUUCAACUAGUAGCUCUGUGGCUGCUUCUUCCUCUUCUAUUGCUUCUUCUUCUUCAUCUUUUAGGCAACACCAUAAUGGCAUUUCUGUGGAUCAUCACUCUAAUAUUCAUGCUCCUCUUAAGGUUUCUUCUGUAGCCAAAUCACUUCUUCCAACUCGUCGCAAGCUCAGCCUUGAUCCACAAAACAAGCUUUACUUUCCAUAUGAGCCUGGUAAACAAGUCAAGAGUGCUAUUAGAAUCAAGAACAUUACCAAGAAUCAUGUGGCCUUCAAGUUUCAAACAACUGGGCCAAAAAGUUGUUACAUGCGGCCGCCAGGAGGUGUUCUUGCUCCUGAUGAAAGCCUCAUUGCAACUGUUUUCAAAUUCGUCGAGCCACCUGAUAAUAACGAGAAACAAGUUGGCAAGAAAAGCAGGGUUAAGUUCAAAGUCAUGAGCUUAAAAGUAAAAGACGAUGUGGAUUAUGUGCCGGAGCUGUUUGACGAAAGGAGGGAUGAAGUGGCAGUUGAACAAGUAUUAGGUGUUGUUUUCCUUGAUGCUGAACGCCCUUGCCCUGCACUCGAGAAACUUAACCGCCAGCUAGCUGAAGCUGAGGCUGAGGUCGAGGCACGCAAAAGGCCUCCAGAAGAUACAGGUCCAAAGAUUGUCGGGGAAGGUCUUGUUAUAGACGAAUGGAAAGAAAGAAGGGAAAGGUAUCUCGCGAGGCAACAGGUUGAAGGAGUUGAUUCAGUAUAAUAGAAGCUCUCUUUUCUGUGGAUGGUUGAGAAGAAAUUCUAUGAUAAAGCUAUUGAAUUUUCAAUACUAUUGCCUGCAGAUUAACAGAUAUACUUAGGCUAUUUUUCUUCUCAAAAUGUGAAAUUAAUUUUUUCAUGUAAUUUUUCAAUCCUCUCUAUUCCUGGAUCCUUGUCUUUCAACUCUUGCUUGUAUGUAUAUAAGAGAAAAUUGUGAAGUCCCUUCCUUAAUUGAUGAACAAUCACAUACAUUAUGUUGCUUUCUUGAUUGA